AUGUCGUUGAAUAUCACCUCGUCUGCUGCAACGAGUAAGAGUAAAAUCAAUCAGUUCAUGCAGACCACUUUAUUAAUAGAAGAGCAAAAUCUUGUGAUAGGAAAACUCGUAGGGACUGGGCAGUACGGUUCCGUAUACAAAGCGACUAUAGCGGGGACGGCAGUUGCUUUAAAAGUGCCGCACCACAGUUUAGAGGGACAAAAGAUGGAUGACUUUAUAGCAGAGAUGAAAAACCUUCGUGGGUCUUGUCAUAGGAAUGUCGUAUUAUUUAUUGGAUUAAGUAAGAUCCAAGGACAUAUAUGUAUAGUCACUGAAUUUGUCCCUGGGGAUUUAGACCAUUUAAUACACAAACAGACUUCAAUGGAGUUGAAGGAGUUCUUAACGUGUAAAUUUACGUUUGACAUGAAGAUGAAUAUAGUGUAUCAAUGCUUGCGAGGUAUUCAGUGGGUGCACAACAGAUACAAUUUAGUCCACCGGGACAUCAAACCGUCGAAUUUUCUGAUUGACAGUAAUUUCACAGUCAAAGUGUGUGAUUUUGGCUUCGCCGAAGUCGUGUCACAGGCUUCCGUCAAACAGCGGGGCACGCCUUUGUACGCGGCGCCCGAGACUUUGAAUGGGGAUGCUUCAAUAGGAAAAGAGAGUGAUAUCUAUAGUCUUGGUAUAACCAUAUGGGAGUUAUUUUAUCAGCGAUAUCCAUUCGAAGAGUACUACGAUGCGUUUGAAGAUGACUCCGAGAAGUUUAGAACAUACUUAAACUCGGGAAUACGACCCGUCUUGCCACGAGAGUAUCUUGAAGAAAACAAAGAUGAAGACCACAAAGAGCAGUGUGAACAGGUCAAUAGUAUCUACGGCGAAGGGAUGAGAACGACGCCAGUUGAAAUGGAUGAGCUCAUGAAAAGCUGUUGGAACAGUGUUGUCUCUAAACGGCCGACGAUCAAUGUGUUAGUGGACAAAGUUGCUUCAUUGCAGUUAACGAAAACACUUGGGAACAACAGUGCUGCGGUGUGGUGGAAGGAACACUUUUCGAAUCGAGGCGAUGCGGAGAAUGAAGUCACUGUGUAUGAGUUCAUCGAUGCACUUGAAAAGACGCACAAAUUGACUCUUGAAAAGAACGAACUCUUAUGUACUGCGCUGAGUGAAGACAACGAAAUCACUCAUUACUACUUCGCCUUCUUAAUUGGGACAUUCGGGUACUUCUUCAAGAAGAAAAAACUGUUCAAGAACAUGUUAGAUACAAUCAAAUGCGAGUGGUACUGUCCUAAGAUCUCUCGAGAGGUCUCGACGUCAAAACUUGAAGGUAAAACAGACGGGACUUUUCUUAUCAGAGAGUCUAAAAGCACUCCAGGCAACCCUUUAACCCUAUCUAAAAGAGAUAAAGGAAAGACCAUCAAUUCGCGCAUCAAAUGUGAUGUUCUUGACGAGAGUAAAGUGGUCUACUCCGUCCAAACCAAAUCUAAAGAAGUCAAAGCAGAGUCUGUAAAAGAUUUAGUCGAGCAACUCAUUCAAAUGAAAGUCAUAUCAAAGCCAUGUACUGAUGAAGAAGAGUCUCCCUAUUAA